AUGUUUCGCAGGUGCAUAAGUUCGCGUUUGCAAAGUUUGCUAAUAUGUCCUCGGCCUAGACCUUUCAUCCAGUCCUGGCAAAAAUUCAAGAGCAAUGACUCUCACUCCAGUCGUUUCGGCCGUCAGCCAUUGCUUACCUCGUUGCUGUUUGAUCCUCCAAUGUCCUGCGACAUUCUUUCCAGCGACCUGAACUCGCCCUGUUCCCCACAUAAAAUCAAAUAUGUUCAUCAAAAGGUUAACCGGAAAGGUCGGACUUACCAUAAGAAAACUGGCACAGAAAAUUUGGAUUUCUGUCUGGAAAAAGGCGCAAAGUGUCGCCACCGACCUCAGUCUUUGAAGCGUAAAACCAACAGCAAAAUGGUACAAAGGCUGGAGCACCUGAUGAACGAUGGUGUAGACGGAGUUCGGAAAGUGGGAGGAAAAAGGGAAGGGAAGCAAAUGAUAAUGCAGAUAAAGAAGUCCACCAAAGGUAAAGUCCCAAAGAGUCGUCCGUCCAAUAAAGUUUCGGAGGACAACGAGAACCAAGAACCGAAAAGUUCAAUACAAAAUUUAAUUUCCAUGAUCGUGACUAAAAGUAAAGAGGUAAGGCAACAACUCGAUGAGGGCAAGCAAGCAGAUCUUAUUAGAUAUAAUCCGACUAAAAAGGAUAAAAUCUUGCAAUACAAGAAUAAAUAUAGAAAACAUAGGCAGAUGAAGUCAAAGCAGCGAGUCCCGCAGACAGAAAAUAAAGAUCAUUCCACUUCCACGGCUGUUCGAAAUUCCACUAGUCCACAGAAUCAAGAGGGGAUUACACUAGCUAAUCAAUCAAUGGCAAAAUCCAGUGAAGUUCGUUGUCCAGGAGAAUCUUUACAGCACUCGUCAAAACCACAUCCCAUAGAACUAUUGAAUAACCGUGAAGAGAUGCUAAUUAGUACAGCAAAGCAGGAAACCGACUGCCGUUUGCAAUCUUUGAAAAACUCUACAUCCUUAACCCCGGCCAAAGAAAAGGAUCUUGUGAAACCAGAUGAAAGUCAAACCCAUCUCCAAAAUAUUUGUGAAGACUGCCAUAAAUCACAGAGACCAUCACCUUCUUCAGAUCAAGAAAAGAAAAUCAGCGGGAUCAAAGAAAAUGUCUUUGAACAAAGUACCCCCAAAUUUGCUUCCCCAGAAGAAAUAAAAGCUGAAAGCAAAACAGACAACAAAUUACUUGACACAUGUACAUAUCAUACUUCGGAUGACCAAAAACCAGUAAUGGUUAAUGACCUGUUCAAAAAUCAAAUUCACAAACAACUGUGGGAACAUCCUGAAUAUGAUUUUAAAAAGAGCCAGAAUGUUUCUUGUGAGAAAAAAGAAAGUAAAUGUGCAUCGGACACCACAAAAAUUAGUCCUUGUUCUAAUGCCAAAAUAUUUUACGAUCAACCACAAUCAUGUCAAGAUGGCGAGAGCUUGCAAGACCUAUUCAAAAAUAAGUGCGAAAAGAAACAAGGGAAUAUUAAUGAAGAUUUUUCAGUUUGUUUUCCAAGGUUGUGUGAUAGAGAUCAGCUAAAAUUUCGAAUAGCUGAAUUAAUAGCGAAGUGUAUGUACCUGGUGGAGAAUAAUAUGGAAAGCGGGUCGGAAUGUAAAAAUAUCUGCACGGCGGAAAAUGGGGACAAGGACAAAGAUCUUAACAACUUAGUUGAACAUAUCUGGAAGCAUUAUCUGCAUUACCGUUCGGAUCAAACAAACGAUAUCUGUAAGCACGAUGAAAGCCCAACAAUUUGUAUAACAAAGCAUGUUGAGACUAUUAUACACCAGUGCGAACUUAUAAAAAAAGCGAAUAAAAAGAUCGAGAAGGAUCGUAUCAAAGAGCUUAAGAAGAAAUGCCUUAAAUCACAACCGAAAGGCAAAACGGCAGAAAAGGAGUUAAAAAAGACAUGUCAAGAUGAAGACCUAAAGCAAAAAUGUAAGGAAUACGAACAGAAAAGAAAAUGCUCAAUCGCAUUGAAAAAAAAGAAGCAAGGCGUUAAAGACUUACUCAAAAACAUAUGUGUAGGGAAAUGCGAGGGUAACUAUUUAAAGAAAAUAUCACUUCUAUUAGAAGAACUGCAAAAAAAAGUGGGAGAAGACAAGGUAAAUAUAACAUGUAGGAGGCAUAAUGAAAAGAAAACACGCUCAGAAAAAAAACUAAGAAAAAAGAAUGACUCAUCGGAAUUAAAGAAGAAAUGCUUGGAUAAUGAAUUAAAGAAAAAAUGUGCAGAAGAAGAAUUAAAGAAGAAUUGUGCAGAAGAAAAAUUGAAAGAGAUAUGUGAAGAUAAUAUAAAGGAAAAAUGUGUCGAAAAAAAAAUUAAGGACAUCUGCGCAAUAGAAAAAUUAAAGAAGAAAUUGGCAGAAAAUGAGCUAAAGGAGGCAUGUGCAAAGAAAAAAUUAGAAAAGUGUGCAGAAGAAGAAUUAAAGGAGAAAUGCGCCAAUGAAGAAUUAAAGGAAAAAUGUGCUGAACUGAAGCUAAAGAAACAGUGUGAAAGAGAUGAGCAGGAAAGGAAAUGUAGAGAGUUUUCUCUAAGAAAGAGAUGUGCAGAAUUUGAAUUAAAAAGAAAAUGUGAAGAAAAUCGAAGAAAAAUUGCAAAAGAGAAGCUGGUUGAAGAUAUAAAGAGAAAGUGUGCCAAAUAUGAUUACAAAGAAAAACGAGCAGAAAAACAAUUAAAGCUAAAAAACAAUAGUGCUGAGGAAAAGUUAAAGAAAGAAAAUGCCAAGAUAGAGCAAGAUCGAAAUGACGAGAAAAAUAUAAGUUCAUUGGAAAAACUGAAGAAUAAGGUUGGGCUGUCGCGAAAAAGUUCAAAGGAUAAUACUCAUAAAAAUAAGUGUACAUCGACCGAGUCAAUGACUGAAAUUAGGAAAUGGCGUGAGGCGAUCAACCGACGCAAGAAAUUUGUGGACGAAGAAAUAAAAAACUGGAGUAAAAAGGACGAAUUAAAGAAAUGGCUUAAUUUACGAAAUAAAAAUAAACCGAUUCGCACCAAGAGCAUGGAUGAUUGCAAAAAAUUUAAUGCAAUGCGAAAUGAGGGACUGAGCAAUAGGCCGGAAAAUGGCCAAAAUUUGGAUUUCCAAGGGUUAGGCAUAUUCUUGAGAUCUGCCUUAUCAAGACCUAGGCAAAGACCACUUCCUGGCUUGAAGAGCGGUCUAUGUGAUCCCAUCCCCGCACAGGGAGAGGAUGACAAAGAACAGCUUUUCAACCCUCGACAGUGGCCCUUAUAUCCAGAGCAUGCCUCUGCCUACAACCCCACCUCACGGAGAGCUCCAUUGCUGGAGUCCAACUUCUUCCUGCGCCGGCUGCUGCCCGACUUGAAACCACUGAGUAUCAACGAUACCCUAGGCGUUUACUGGCUCAAUCGAAUAAACCCUUCCCCCUUCGGUAGACGGGGCUACACCAGAGACGAGUUUGGAAAAGGCUCGUCCUUGUUGUGGCCCUUUUCCACAUUUGAGAGAAGGAAUUUCAAAGAUGAGUCCGAUUAAAACCCAAAAAAGAAAGUUCGGAAAAAUCCAAAUGAGGCGCUGCUGUGUGAUGAUGCCAACUUAAAAUCAAUAUUUGAUUUAAUUUUAAAACUCUCAAUAGCUUAAAUAAACUUAAAAUUAAACAUGUUAAACUUUCUAAUCGAUAAGCUUUCUAUUUAUGGUCAGUAUAUGGCAUCUAUAAAAUUAAGUAAACCUAUGUUGAUCAUAUCGUAUAUCAAGGUAUUUUUAGUGCUAUAAAAACAUAUUUUGGAGCUAAAAUAAUCGGUUUAUUCAAAACUCUAGCCCUUAAACUGAGCCCGCAAACAGGUGGACAUGGCUAUAGUAACUUGUUUAGUUGUUUAGAUCAAGAAUAUAUAUACUUUAUACGUUUUUUUCAUCUUGCUUAUCAAUUUUUACUCAAUAAAUGAAACUCUAACUUAGCUGGAUAUUGCCUACAAAUUGGAAAUUGAUAACCACUUUCUAAUAUCGCUUCAUGAAUAAAUAUAAUGCUUGGUCACAUAUGCCGGGUAUUUACUUACGAGUGAAUAUCUCUUGGCCAGAAUGGCUAAGGCAAACAAAAUGGACAGCUCACAAUAUUGAUGGCUGUGUUGUUUUAUUGAUGAAAUAAUGAAUUUGCCACCGCACAGACCCACAGACAUCAGAUAAUAUGCUCAAUGUCUGUCAUUGCCCUGGUUAUGAAUUUUCCGACAUGAUAGCGAAACUUAUCGGCCAUCGGAGCAAACCAGCUUGAGGUGAUGGCCUUGUGUUUGUUUGAUCAGGGCCACGUGGAGAUGAGGACGAGUGCGAGGACGUCGCUUAUUUGGUUUUCAUUUCGUAUUGAUUCACAGUUAGUCCUGGCUCCUGGCUCCUGGCUUUCGCAUGGCCAAAGCAAAUUUGCAGACGCCUGUGACCCAUCAUCAACAGCCAUCCGUUUAAAUUAUUAACGUAUGAGUAAUUUUUAUGACAUAUAAACAAAAGUCUGUGCUGGGGCCCCGGCUCACAGGAUCCUUGUUAUUUUGGCUCCUGCUACUGCUCCAGCUCCAAUUUCUGCUAUAUGUCAUGUGUCGUCUAUCGUCUCGUUUCGGUUUUUCCAUUGCCCAGACUACCGACUACCGAGUCCCAUGUGGCGCUUUUGGGGAGUGGUUUUUGUGUGCGACAAAUGAGUUGUGUGUAAUUAAGUUCGGAAUGCUCACAAAGCAGUCUCUGCGUUGCCCGGGGAAUUGAAGCCGAAAAUGGAACUGAUAAGGUGAUUCCUUUAAUGCUCUAGCUUAAACAGUUUAUACCUCAAAACAUUCCUACUUAUUCAAACUUUAAUUAACACUUUUUGUGUGUUCUUUUUUUCUCUUUUUAGGUAAGUGCCUUUUCUGCUUUUUGCGUAAGUCCAACAACCAAACUCAAUCACUAAUCAUGGCAAAGAGCCGCCCACAGCCGCAAAACUUUCGGUCAAAGCCCGAGUCUUUAAUUUGAAAACUUUGGCAUAUCCAAAAAUAAAAUUUUAUAUAUGUAUGUAUGUGCGGGAAAAGUCCACACAAAACCAGGGACCAAACAAUUCGAACACUGCAUUCCACGCAAUGGACGAGCCAAAAAUCAAAGCAUAUUUUCCGGCGUGCCCGACGCAACCGCUAGACUUCGUCCGGCAAACCCAUUCCUGCCCGGCUGGCCACAUAGUUUAAGUAAACUUUUUUGUUUGAAAGCAGCAGUAGAACGUGCAGCGCGAAGAAAAAAAAAAUAAUCUGAAAAAAGGCAGAGUCCACUAUUACAUUAAAACAGAAAAAUAAUUGCAAAAAUUUCUCUCCAACUUUUUCAACUUUCUCUGCGUUUUGCCGGCACUUUUUUUUUCUUCUGCCGCACCUCUUGUUGUUUUUUGGUCUUUGAGUAGCAGGCAAAUUUCUGUUGCCAUUUGCCACGCCUCAAUGGGGAACUUUAAAACGCGUCGACGACUCUCAUUACGACUAAUAAUGUUAAUAAUCAUUAAAGAGAGGAAUUCCAAAAUAUUUGGGGGUAGCCAGCCGCAGGGGCAGUGGCUUCCAAGAUUUCUCUUUUUCUGGCACUCAAAUUGCAAAAAUUAAAAUACUUUUCCAAACUAAUUAAAAUUGUGUUGCAUACUUUGGGGACCAGCAGUCAGUCGUCCCUUUUCCAGUUUCCUCUAAGCCUUUCCCUCGACACAAGGAAAUUAGCCAGGGCACCAAGACAUCGAUGUUCGACUUGAGCAUCGAUUAUUGUGGCUGGUUUAAUGGGCCCCCUGCCACAGUUGAAAACUUUUGCCAUUUUUCUUUCUGUUUCCCUUGGGGAUGAUCGGCCAGCUCAAUUGCAGCUUUCCGGGUCUGCGAAUAAGAACUUAGCUCUUAAAGAUGCAGGAAUUAAAUUCCAUCCGUGAAUCCCAAUUAUCCAUCAGCUGACAACGGGUUUUCGCAUCACUUGGCUGGGCUCAAAAGUUACAGCAUUUUCCCAAGCCCACAGCGAGAUGUCUCAUGCGGAUUAUGGUUGAUAUUUCGUAGGCCCGCCAGGCUGUCACACUCGCAGCAUGCAUUACAUUUUAUGGACGGGCAGCCAAAGGGAAAGGGCUGGCAGAGCUGGUAGCAAACAUCAAACGCGUUAAGCAACUCGAAAGCUCAGCCGAGUGCAUGAAAUGCGUCGCCCCUCACUAGAACGCCAUUCAACACGCCACGACUUUUGCAGCCAAAGCAAAUCAAAAGGAAAUAAUGGCGCACUGGCAUGAAACUGGGGGUAUUGGGAAUCGGAAGAGAUGGCAGCCACACUGGGAAAAAUCAUGGUUGACCACUUAGAGCUCUCAAGGAACUUGGAAACCAUGAGACGUAGGCAUACUUACAGAUUUCUUUGCUUACCCAAAAUUUAGAUUUAAUUAGCAACAGCAAUUUACAUUCAUUCUAUUUUAAGUAGCCACCAAGUAUACAAAUUUUAAUGCCCUUGAAAUAUAAACGGUUUUGGUACAAUACAUAAAAUCACUUUAAAAACGGUGUCUAAAAGUAUGCAGCAAAAGACAUGUUUUGGUUUUAAUACUUCAGACUUUCUGACUCAAAACAUAAUGUUGCAUACUUUAAGACCACUUUUUAUUUGAUAUGAAAACAAAAGUAAUUUAAUGGCAAAACCGAUUAAAAAUGUUCUCAAAAGCCAACCUUCCGAAAUAAACAUAAAUGCCGAGCUAAGGACAUGUGGUGGACAGUUUCUCACAGUUCACCACUCCCAUACCGGUCCACACACUAGCUGGGUAAAUGGCGCGCACGAAGUGCUCACAUGCACCUGCCAGAAUGCAUUCGCUGCGGAUUCCCUUGGCGGAUACGUAUGGGAUGGGAUGGGAUGGAAUGGGAUGGGUCGGCAGAGAGGCUCUGCUCCUGACUGGAUCCUGCUGCCUGAAUGCUGAUGCCGAUGCCGAUGCCGGCAAUUAAUUAGGAUUAUGUGUGUCGUCUGAGCAGCGCCUAAAAGCAUGCAACACAUGUGAGGCGCUCGUUACGGCGGAGUGUUCACUUCUCCGGCUCUACGGAAUAUGGAAUACGGAUGCGGAACUUUUGCCCUCCCCCACUUCCCGCCGAAACCGUAAUGGAGCUGCAGCAGCUUGACUUCCGAUGCGUGACAUCUACAUCCACCGGCUGGCUAAAUAGUUUGAUUAAGCAAAUUUAUGGCUGCGCGAUUCCAGGCGCACUUAAUGGCAGCUGAAAGGAGCAAACAGAGCCCAAUCAAUCAUCGGAAUCGCAGCUUGCACAUUUUUAAUGAUGAUGACGUCAACUGCUCAUUAAAAGCCUUCCACUUGGCUGCCUCAUUCUCUCUUUCUCUCUCUGUUUUGGCCCUUCUCGGUGUCUCUGACCGCUUCUUUUGACCAUCCUAACGACUUUUUAAGUAUUUACACACAAUUUGGCUUGGCCAACUUUUAUCGCAAAGUCUGGACAAACAUUUCUAUAUUUCCCAGCUCACUUUUCUUUUAAGUUUACGCUUCAUUAUCUUGCACUUUGUCUGCAGCGGACUGAGAGUGGCAGGACAUCAGCUUGAGGUUUUGAUUACCCCCUUCACAUGUCCUGCGGCCGGUGCACUCAUUUCACUUCAAGACGCCCAAAAUGAUAAGCCUCCUUCUUUUUGCCGUCUGUCCGUCUGUCUGUCCGUCCGUCCAACAUUUGCAUGUCUCUGGCUCAGUAUCUGGUCGUGUAACGCCUCAAGGUGUGUCACCUGCAACCUGACUGGCAUUCCUACUUUUCUUAGAAGUUUCUGCAGUUGACUUGCUUUCGCCUGCAGCGGAUUGUAGAAUCUGUGCUUGCUUUGAUCAGGUUUGCCAUUGUGAGGUGUUGCAGCGUUUUCUGAGGAGAUAUUCCUUGAAAAGAGCUCCUUAAUGUCUAGUACUCGGACUUCUCAUUGCACUUGAAUUCCCUCUGAUAGAAAAAACAUGUCUGAUUGCUUACUUCGCAGCUUUUGCAGCUUUUGCAGCUGCUCGAAACGGACGAACCCUUGCAAAUGGCACGUGCCUGUCUAUGCAAACAGCGCAGUAUUUUGCGGGAAUGAAGAACUAGCUUUGGUCAAAUCGACACUUGUCUGGUACAAAUCCAGCAAGCUGCGACAUCAAAGUGAAAGUCACGCAUUUACGUCUGUUUGCCACUUUGUCUGGCAAUUUUUUCUACACCACUUGCAUUCGGCAGAAACUGCAAAGCCGGAAAAGUCUGGCUCCCCGGCUUUCCCUCAUUUUCUCCUUACUUUCGUCUGGACCGUUGUCUGCCUCAUUAUGUUUUACACCAGCCCCUGCCAUCGUCAUCGUUUGUCGUGUUCAUCUUGGCAAUAUUUUUAUGUAAACAAGACGAACAGACAGCGCCAGACGAAAUUGGCAAAUCAUCGGAUAGACAACAACACAAGGCCAGACGGCGGCUGAUGCCCUAACGAACCGAGAGUCCUGGAUUCUUGCUUUUGGCUUUGUGCAAUUAUGAUUAAUCCUCCUGCACCCUUACAACAGUAUGCACUCAGAGAAAAAAA